AUGUUAUUUGAUAACAUUUUAAAAAUAGAAAAAGAUAUCUUUAAGUCAAAUUGUGUUAUUCAUUGUCAUAAUAAUGAUUGUAAAUAUAAAAAUUUAAUUAUUGGUGAAACAGAAGUUGAUUAUGAUGGCAUAAUUUGUCAAUUUUUAAAAAAAAUUCUUCAAUACACAAAAAAGUUUGACAAUGAUAUAUUUUUUGACAUUACAAUUAGAGGAGCUGGUUUUUUAGAUGAUGUGUUGAUUGAUUUGAUUAGAGUAAAUAAUUCAUCUGCUCAAUUACCUAAAGAACUUCAUAAAAAUUUUUCUUCAUGGGUCGAUCCUUUUGCUCCAAAUUCAUUUAGUUUGUCUAUUGAAAAUAGUGAUUACAUAGAAUCAAUUUUGAAACUUAUGAUAAAAGGCUCUAUCACAAUAAAAAAUCAAUUACCUCAAGAAGUUAGUCAUUUUCCACGUAUUUUUAUUAUUGAUAUAAUAAAACUUGAUAAUAAAAAUCCUGAAAUUUGUGAUGCUGUAAGAUGGACAUAUGUUGAUAUACCAUGUGGACCAAAUGCUAAUGUUGGAAAUAAGUUAAUAAAGUUUCUUCAGAAUGAUCCUACACAGGCAGAAAUUAAAUUACAAGCCAUUAAAGAACCAAUUAUUGCUGGAAUAAAAGAUUUCCUUCGUAAAGACACAUUCUCAACUGUCAUUUAUAAUUUCAAUGAUUAUGAAUAUUUUAAAAAUUUUGAAAACAUAAAUAAAGUUCUUUCAAAAUGGUGUAUAUUUCCACGAAAACCUAUAAAAUUAAACACAGAAGAAUAUCUUUCAGGCACAUCGUCUGAUGUUGAAUAUUUAAAAACAUUUGAAUAUGAAAAUAACUUUUCUGAAAUUCUUCCUGUUAUUGAGUCAAAAAGAAUGGAAUAUGAAGAGUCUGUUUUAAAAAAAAUAAAUAAUUCUAUCCUUUAUAAUAUUGAUGAUGUUAAAAAUAAGAUAGAAAAAGUAAAAGAAAAAGUAUUAAUAAAUGAAAAAACUAUAAUCAAGCAUGAAAAAAUUAAUGACUUAUUUCAAAAACAAAUUGAGAAGAUAAAAAAUAAUUGUUUUAUUUCUAAAGAAAAAAAUUUAAAAUUAAACAAGGAUUUUGAAAAUUUAAAAAAUGAAAAAUAUUUUAUUAGUAAUGAUAUUUUAGAUAAAGAAAAAAAAAAUAAAGAUCUUCAAAGUAAAAUUGAUAAAUUAAACUAUCUCAACUAUACUUUAGAAAAAGAACUUCAAGAGAAAGAAAGAAGUAAUGUAAAAGUUUCAUUAGAAGUUGAAAAAUUAUUUACAAUAGGAUACAUGUCUUUGAAAUUUUUACUUUUUUUUAUUCUUUUAAUUGCUUUUUCAUUUAAAAUUGAAGCAUCAUUAUAUACUGCUUCAGCAGCUGUAGGUGAAUCAUUUAAUUUUGAUUUUGGAAAAGAUUUAACAUCUCUUCGUAUAACUCGUAAUGGAGUUGAAGAAAUAUUAAAUGUUGGAAAAGAAAGUACACAUUCAAAUGUCAAGUUAUCUAAUGAUGGUAUUCUUACUAUUUCUCCAGUUACAGAAAAUGACUUUGCAGAUUAUGUUGCAAUUAAUAAUAAAGAAACUAAAGUUGAUAGUGAAAUUAUUACUGUUGCACCACCAACAUUACAACUUAUAAAAAAAGAAUAA